AAUUGCUUUUACCGCCAAAGAAAAUAAUUUGCCUUUGUAUGUCGAAUAUCACCCCAAUACAAGUUAGGGGCCAUUGGUCUUCGAACAGAGAAAAGGAAAGCAUUGAAUGUGACAGCCGAAAAGGGGCUUUGCCACAUGCGAAAAAGGAAACUUUCAUGAUCACGAACAAUUUCAAGUUUUCAACUACUUUUGACGAAGCGGACGAACAUCUUUUUCGGCAAGAAUUCCAGAGACCCUCUAAUACAUACGAUUCCGAUUCGAUUUUAAUACAAGAUGUUAAGAAUGUGGUCGCAUUUUUGGCACCAGCAACAUUAAUGACUGCAAGUUUAAUUGAUUUCAUUAACACUGAAACAGCGAAUGGACUUCUGAAGGCUCUCAUUAUGUAUUUUGAAUAUUAUCUAAAAAUAGUGGAAUUUAUAUUAAUUGAAAGAGAUGUGGAGGCCGCAGACGAUGCUCAAAUAUUAGGCAUUGAGGAUAUAGAUAUUCGACGCGUAUAUUCAGCUCACUUGCAACAAUAUCGCUUGCUAUUGGCUCGAGAAUAUAGUCGCAUUAUUUUGGGCGAAGGUGAUGUAAAAAAAUUCUAUCAUCUUAGACCCAUUGUGAACAUAUCAAAGACCGUGUAUGAUAAGUAUUUUCAUGAAUCACUUUUGGCAUUUUGCACUCAAGUCGUUUGGAUAACGAUGCAUCGACGUGCUUAUGACGUCAUUGAUAUGGAAAUGAAUCGUUUGUUUCGUUCGGAACAUUUUAAACUGACACGUUAUCCAAGAUUAAAAUUCAAUAAACCGGAAGGCCAGAUGUUGUAUGGUCCGAACUAUAAACGAAGCAAUUAUCGCAUUCAAUGUUCACCUUUAAUUCAGGAGCUAAACAAUGUUAGCCAACAUAAUUUACCAAUUUUGUCGAUAGGAAAGCAAAAAUAUAAAGGUACUGAUCUUAGGAUAAGGCAAAUUGAAAUGGAAUUUCUUGUAGAUGUUGCCCAGCUAGUUCUCAAUGGUAUCAGUUUUGGGAUAUUGGGGCAUCCCAAGCAUCUUUAUAGUACACUUUUGAAACUUGAUUGGCACAAAGUGCGUAAGCAUAAUUUUUCGAAAACUUACGAUCCUUACGGCAUUUUUACGCAACCGCAUGUGAAGAUACCGACUUCGAACGAAGAGAAAUUAAGAAUCUACGCUGAAACCUACGAACCCGAUCUUAAUGUGAAAUGCCAAAUUGAACUUUGGACUCCCGAAAUGCUUAGAAAGUGGAAAAUGAGAGAUAAAUUUAUCAGGCAAUUUAAGGCGAAAGGUGCAUUUACAGAUAUUUGGUCAAAAUGUUCGAAAGAACUUGCCGACACUUCCUAUGGACCGGAAGUGGAGGAAAUUGUCAAAAAAUUCCUUGCCGAUAAAGCGAAACAUAGGAAGCUGAGGCAAAAAGAGAUAUCAGUUAAAGCAGAAAUGCCUUUAUCCGAUAAUAAAUAA